AUGAUUGAAACUACAAAUCCUGGAUCUGCCAUAGACAUACAAUUGAGAGAAGACAUCACAUUUUUGUAUGUUUUCAUCGCAUUGAAGGCUUCAAUUAUAGGAUGGCAGCAUUGCAAACCAGUAAUUGUUGUUGAUGGUACAUUCUUGAAGGCAGCAUUUGGUGGCACACUUCUUGUUGCAACAACUCAAGAUGCAGCUGGAAAGCUAUUCCCACUUGCAUUUUCUGUUGUAGAUUCAGAAAAUGAUGCCUCAUGGGAAUAUUUCAUCACUAGAUUGAAACAGGCAUUUGGAACAAGACAGGGUAUCACAAUAGUGCAUGCAAGGGAACUGCCAAUCACAUCAUUAAUAAUGCACCUACAUGACCUCCAACAAGAAUACUCAUACAAACAUAGAAAAAUUACUACCGAUACAGUCACAACAUUUGCAACAAACCAUGAAGUUUUACUUUUUCAAAAUUACAUCAGCUCUCUAAAACUGCAGGUGAAACCAUCUACAAAUGAUAUCAUAACAGUGUUGGAAAAAGGUCAAAAGUACACCGUCAAUAUGAAGGAGAGAACAUGCACAUGCAAGAAGUUUGAAGUCGAGGAAAUACCUUGUCAACAUGCGGUAGCAGUUCUAAACGAGAGGCGAAUUGAACCAUAUGAGUACUGUUCAAGAUACUAUACUAAAGCAUCUAUGUUGGCGACUUAUAGUGAGACUAUGUAUCCGUUGGAGAAAGAAGAAGAAUGGAUUAUACCAUAA